AUGCUAGAUGAGCAGCAAGGCGAAGCGGGGGAGUUCCUGGGGCCCCCCAGCACCGAUGAGGGGGCAGAGGGAGGUGGGGGGGCCCCCAUAGAACCUACAGAUAAGACAAGGAGGCCCUCUUGUUUUGAUAAUGAUACUUCAGAUAUAUGCAAUAAUGAAGAUAUGCAGGACUCCUCUCCUCCUUCUCUCUCCCCAAGAAAGAGCAAAAGAAACUCCAGGAAGAGGCCUCGUAUUUGUAAAAAAAGAAUUAAACAGGAGCAAACAGAGUUGGCUGCUACAGGUGCCUUACCUGCCGAAGCAUCACCCCCUACAGGUGCUGCUGCUGCUGCUGCUGCUGCUGCAGCUGCUGCUGCGCCAGUACCUCAGCAUCCCCAAGUCACAACACCUGCAGGAGUCGCCGCCGCUGCUGCUGCUGCAGCUUCUCCAGCAGAUAUCUGCUGCAGUACCCUUCAGCAGCCAGCAGCAACAGCAGCAACAGGAGCAGCAGCUCCUCCUCUCUUCGGCGCCUUCCCGCUGCAGCACCAGCAGCUGCUGCCUCCUGCUGCAGGGCCCCCCCCUCUCUCUGGGCCCUCUGAACUUUCUCCUCUGCAGCAAACCCUCGAACCUCGGCUGCUUCCAUUCACUGAACCUGUGGGGGCCCCAGGGGCCCCCGAAACCCCCGGGGGGGGCCCCCCUCCAGUGGGGCCCCCACCACCUGUGGGGCCCCCGGGGCCCCGCUACCCCCCACAGCAGCAGCAGCAGCAGCAGCAGCAGCAGCAGGGAGAUGCAUGCAUGACAAGGGGCCCUUGGCUGUCGAGCGUUGUGAAGAACGGAGGGACUGAAGGGUCUCCUUAUCUAGGAUCUGCUGCUGCUACUGGUGCUGCUGCUGCUGCUGCUGCUGAGGGGCCCCCCAGCGAAGCAGAAGUUGUCGCUUUUAUUUCUUUUCUUGUUCGGAGGCCCCUUAUGAAUACGAAGCUUGCUCCAUGUCUAAUGGCUGAGGUGGAGAGGGCCUGGUGGGCAGCAAAGCAGCAGCAGCAGCAGAUGCAGCAGCAGCAGAUGCAGCAGCAACAACUGCAGCAACUGCCGCAGCCGCAGCAACUCCAGCAGCCACCACUGCAACAGGCACAACAGCUGCAGCACCCGCAGCUGCAGCACCCGCAGCCGGCCCAUCAGCAGCAACAACAGCAACAACGACGGGAUGAAGACCAGCAGCAGCAGCAGCAGCAGCAAGGUCUGGAGAGCAGUGAAGGCCGGGAGACAGACAAACAACCUGAGAGAGAGGUAAAGCAAGAACUAAGCCCCAAAAGGCUACAAACGCAUGCAGAAGGGGGGGGCCUGAUGCGGGAUACAGAAGCAGCAGCAGGAGCAGCAGCAGGAGCAGCAGCAGCAGCAACAGCGCCUCCUGGUGCAGCAGCAACUCCUGCGUCUCCCCCCCCUUCUGCUGGGUGCGGACCUAUCGGGUAUAGAGCAGCAGCAGGUACUUACGGAGAGGAAGCAGACCCGCCAGCUGCUGCUGCUGCUGCUGCUGCUGCUGCUGCGGCUGCUGGGCCGGCGUAUGCUGUUGCUGCUUCCUCGAGGUCUACAGCGCCUGUGUGCGCCCCCAGCAGCAGCGACUGCACGAUGUCGUUCUCGGCAUUGCAGCAGAUGCAGCAGAAUGAUGUGGAGCAGCACCAGCAGCAGCAGCAGCACCAGCAGCUACAGCAGCAGCAGCUGCAGCAGCAACAGCUACAGCAACAGCAACAGCAGCUGCAGCAACAGCAGCUGCAGCAGCAACAGCUACAGCAGCAGCACCUACAGAGGCACCAGCAUCUGCAGGAAAUGCAGCACCUCCAGCAACAACAACUGCAGCAGCAGCAACUGCAGCAGCAGCAGCAACUGCAGCAGCAGCAGCAACUGCAACAGCAGCAGCAACUGCAGCAGCAGCAGCUGCAGCAUCAACAGCAGCAACUGCAGCAGCAGCAGCAGCAGCAACUGCAGCAGCAGCAGCAGCGCCGGCUGCGCCCUCAGGAAUGUAUGGGGGCCCCCAGCAUGCAGUUCUCUCCGCCUCCUGUGUUGAAUUUGUCUUCUUCUAAAUUAACAUCGGAAGCAACACCGGAUGCUGUCUCUUCUCCUGCUGCCCUGGUUUCUCUCGGCCCUCAGGGGCCCCCUCAGGGGGCCCCCCAGGGAGCCCCCCAAGGGGCACCCCAGCAGCAGCAGCAGCAGCAGCAGCAGCCUGACGGGGUGCCUCCUGGGGCCCCGGGGGGCCCCCCUCAGCUGAGUUGGAUGGGCGGAUGA